AUGCCGAUGUCGAUCCCUCUCUCAUUCCUCUUUCUUACUCCGAAACGAGUCCCAAUUGCCGUCGCCGAGCACCCGUAUGUGCUCUCGGAACCCGAAGUAGAGGAAGAAGUGGACGCCCUCGGGCGGGAGUGGGAGUGGGGAGGCGCAGGACCCGAUGACACCGGCAGACGCAAGGCGAAGAUGAGGCUCACCUGGGGAGGGUUGCGGCUGAAGAGGUUUACCUCCGUCCCCACCGCUGCCCACGGAUCCAGAUCCAAAGUGGCGGAAACGCCUACCUCGCUUGUCCUUGAAGAGGACCCGUACGAGGGACAAGACCGCCCGAAGAUCAUUCCUCGAUUAACCUUUCGCCUCAUAUAAGGGGACGCACCGUCUCCUCCUAGUUCUGACCCGCUCACUUUCUUGGUUAUAAGGUUUUAAUCCACCGCUGUUUAAUGCGGGGGUGCUAUAUUGCAGUAUACGACUUCCACGAUCCUUCUUUAUGUCUAAUAUCUUUCACAUCUACUUGUGUCUAUGCUCUUCUUGCUUUAUGUUGCUCUCUUGCUGCUCGAAUUUGCUGUCGAUUGCCUUGUAUCACAGAUAUCUCAAUUUUGUCAAUAGGCAUGUGAUGUAUUUUGUAGUGCUGAAUGGACUGGUUUCUAUACGGGUCGU